AUGUCUGCGGAAAACAACCAAUCCCUUGAAAAGGACAUUGGUCCUAUUCCCGACCAGGCCUCCUCCAACGGUGCCCCCGCUGCUCCUCAGAUGUCCGCUCACGAGCAUGAUGUCGCCAGAGCUGCUGCCCGCUUUGGAUAUGGCCCUCUGGCCCAUGUUAACACUGCCGAUGCUCCUCUGCGUCCCUUCGGUGGUGAAUUCCAGCCCGGUCUGUACAAGUCCGUCGAGGGCCGCAAGUUUGGUAACCCAGCUCCUCUGGGCCUGUCAGCUUUCGCCCUCACCACUUUCUUGCUGAGUGCUAUCAACAUGGGUGCGCGUAACCUCACGGAGCCCAACAUUGUCGUCGGUCUUGCUUUCGGUUAUGGUGGUCUGGUCCAGCUGCUCGCUGGCAUGUGGGAAAUGGCUGUCGGUAACACUUUCGGUGCCACUGCUCUCUCCUCUUACGGAGGUUUCUGGCUCUCUUUCGCAAUCGUCUUUACCCCUGGUGGGUUCGAGAUUCAAAAGGCCUUGACCGCCGAUGGCUCCGAGGUUCAGUUCUAUAACUCGUUCGGAUUGUACUUGAUGUCAUGGUUUAUCUUCACCACUCUCAUGCUCGUCUGUACUCUGCGCUCCACCGUCGCCUUCUUCCUGCUCUUCUUCUUCCUGGACCUUACCUUCCUGUUGCUCGGUAUUGGUUACAUCCAGCGUGACGCCACUGGUGCUCCCAACACCCCCGUCCUCAAGGCCGGUGGCUUCUUUGGUCUUUUGUCUGCGUUCGCCGCCUGGUACAAUGCCCUGGCCGGUAUUCUCGACACCAGCAACAGCUUCUUCAUCAUCCCCGUUGCCCACUUCCCCUGGUCGCCCACUGGCCGCAGCAGGAGAGGCAAGACCGACCGUGAGACUGCUUAG